AUGUCGGUCCCGGACUCCUUCGGUUUGCAGUUAGCCAAGUAUACUAAUCUCGCUGGAUUAACAAUCCUAAUUUAUGACUACUUUGUCACCUUACACUCUGAAGUCCAAUGGACCUGGGGACGGAAGUGGGGAAUCACUCGGACCGUCUUCACGUUCUCACGAUAUGUACCUUUUGCUUGUGCGCUUAUGACCUCGUACUCCGCUAUCAAGACAUGGGGCACGCAAGAUUGUGCACCUUUCAAUAAUGCUUUAAAUGGUCCCCCUUGCGUGAUGGAAGGGGCUCGUAGCAGCGCCAUCCCGUAUGCACUCUUGAUGUUGUUCGAGAUAGUUCUCAUGUCCACCACUGCAUUCUUGAGAUAUCGACACUAUCUGGGUUCUCAUAGUGCGUUGAUCAAGAGUGUUUAUCAUGAUGGACUACUCUACAUGUUUUGCAUCACAAUGAUAUCUACAAUCAAUGUGAUCGUUAUCGCUGUGUUGCCCCUCUCGUACAGCGAAACGCUAAACACACCUCAAAUUGUUGCGCACAGUGUUCUUGCUUCUCGAAUACUAUUCAAUCUCCAAGAAAGCAUGGCGCAACCACUCGUACCCACCUACCGAUCGGCGACUUCAAUCGAAUUCAAUGCGCGACCUGGAGGCAACGAGACAGCUGGUCAGGUAGAUGAAGCUUAAACUUGCUGAUAAUUUUGCAAGUCAUACAAAUUAUACUUGCCAUUUGAGGUUGCUGACUAUGCUCACACAUUUCAGCUUGUGUUUUCCGCGGCCUUCGUAUUUUAGUGGUGAGCUACUCCACCACCCAGGUGUAUGCGUUCUCCAUGCUAACAAACACGUUGAUGAGCCUGUCGCCGACAUCUGCAUGUAGCCACUGCUCAUCAUUUCUUGUAGAAUUCAGAUACUCAGUGUGCUGGGACCACGCCUCAUCCUUAGCGUUCGAGAGUAUCAUGCAAAACGUAUGGUUGACUCUGACACAGAAACUAGCAUGAAUUCGAUUGUCUCCAAGGAACGUGUACAUAUAUCAACUAGCAGUGUUGUAUAGGGACAUGUUUGUCGAGUGGUCUGUAGGGAGGAGAAAUCUGGCGGAGGAUCCUUCGUAGUAUUUAUUCAAUAUAUG